CGACAUGCAAAGAGGAGGCGACAGUCUCUUGAUCUCGGGCAUCGGCUCCUGGGCCUGGGAACUACUACUCCCGGCGUGCCCCGCGUCUCAAAACAAGGAGGACCCGGAUCCGGAACCGGAAGAGGCUUGCUGCUCUCGCGGCGGAGCGGCGGGGAGAUGGCCACGGGAACAGAUCAGGUGGUGGGACUUGGCCUCGUCGCUGUCAGUCUGGUCAUCUUCACCUACUACACCAUCUGGGUGGUUCUCCUGCCAUUCAUUGACAGCCAGCAUGUCAUCCACAAGUAUUUCCUACCUCGAGCCUACGCUGUUGCCAUCCCGCUGGCCGCAGGCCUCCUGCUGCUCCUGUUUGUGGGAGUGUUCAUCACCUACGUGAUGCUGAAGAACCAGAAGGUGUCCAAGAAGGCUCAGUGAAGGCCCAAUGGGGAGGAGGCUGCCUGCCCCUUCCCUGCUUCCCUUCGCAGCAGGGACAAAGGAUGGGAGCCAGCAGGACCGGUCCAGACACUGAAGCCUCUCAAGCCUGGCUGCCCUGCAGACAUCCCAUGGGAUGGAGCAGUGCACUACUCCCCCCGACCACAGCCCCUGACUACUACUCCCCUGCUCACCCUUCCAGAAGCCAGGAUGGAGGGGUACCUGGAAGUCUCCUUCUCACCCCCUUCUGGCCCAGGACCAGAAAGAUGCUGGUCCUCCCCACCUCACCUUUAGACUUCCUGUCACUUUUUCCUCUGGGUUCUACUCUCUUGCCUCAGUUUCCCUCCUUUCACACAUUUAAUGUUGGACUUAACAGGCUCUGAGGCAACAUGCAGUCUCUCCCCAUCAUACUCUGCUCCUCCAUGAAGGCAGUUUUACCGAGCCUGACACAGCCUCCAACCCUAUAAGGACUUCUAGACCCAAAAAUCCUAGGGGAAGGUCUGUUAUACCAGGAUCGCCACCAGGCAUCAGGGUACAUUAGGGUGACCACACUGGGCCCCCAGACUGACAGCUUCUUUUCUCUUCCCAACCCCCGGGCCUCAGAGCUGGUCUGUUUGGAGAGUUUAACAAUAAGCAUUGAUCAUGUGUUUGUCCGUGUGCCA